GUUCUUCCCCCAACAACAGCACUGCGAAAGAAGAACAGAAAACACUUGCUGAGAUCAUAUCAAAACUUUCCAUAAAAGAAGGAAUUAAUCCGAAUUAGGAAACUCGGGAAUCUCUGAAAAAAUGGUGAAGCGGGCGAUCGGGAAGUUGUUGUCGCAGUCAUCGGAGGAGAGGAGAGAUACUGACUUCAAGUACAAGGGAGUGAGGAAGCGGAAGUGGGGCAAGUGGGUGUCUGAGAUCCGGCUGCCCAACAGCCGCGACCGGAUCUGGCUCGGGUCUUAUGACUCAGCCGACCAGGCAGCCCGGGCCUUCGAUGCGGCCCAGGUCUGCCUCCGCGGGCCCUCCGCCAGGCUCAACUUCCCCGGCAGCUCCCCGGCAAUCCCCAGUGGCCCCCUCACCCACGAAGAGAUCCAGUCGAUCGCAGCCCGGUUCGCCAACUCGGGAAUCCCGGCUGAGCCUCCCAUGCCGGAAGCUUCACUGGGGAGCGUGUCUGAGGAAUCCUCCGAGGAGUCACGGGCUCAGUCGGAGUCGGGUCAGAUAUUUCCCGAUUCCCCAUCAGAUUCAAUCUCGAUCGGGUCGAGCCAAGUGGACAGUACGGGCAGGUCUUUCAUGGACUUUUUGGUGGAUCUCGAUCGGGGUUCGGAAAGUUACAAGCCAUUGGAUUACGGGAUAUUUCCUGGUUUCGACGAUUUCACGGACGAUUAUUAUACUCAGACGAUACCGAUAACUGAAUUUGGAGAAGAGAAGUUCGAUGAUUUUUCAGGUCAAGAAUUUUUUCUCUGGGAUUACUAGAGGAGAACAUAUAUAGUACUGAACUCAAAGCGGGUCAGGAUCUUUGUAAUUUCGCCCGGUUUGGCGUUGUCGGGUUUCCAGGACGGACCACUUUUUUUUUGUGGUCCUCCUUUAUUGGUCCGACGACUGAAAUUACCGGCCACGGUCUUUUUCAUUUACGAAGUUAAUCAAAAUGAUGAUAAUUAUAUUAACAUAAUUCUUGUCUUUGCUUGA